UCUCUCUUUCUCUCUCUCCACAGUCUUCAGCUCCACCGGUCGCGAAGCAAACAGAAGUUCAGAGAGAUCAAAAAUGGCUGGAGUUGUAUUAAUCUUGAGGGGGUGCAGAGACGAAGAGAGUGUGAAGAAGAGGGCCAAAGGAGACGAAGAGAGGGAAAGGGAAAGAGAAAGGCAACUUUCUCUACUAGCCUUUCUCGUGGCGGCGAUUCGGAGGUCGGUGGUGGCGUGCAGAGCGGCGGAGCAGAGGGGAGUUGAGGCGGCGCCGGGGAUGGCUCUUGGGCACAUGGAGAUCGGCUGGCCGACUGAUGUGCAGCACGUUUCGCAUGUCACAUUUGACAGAUUUCAUGGAUUUGUGGGUCUUCCGGUUGAGUUCGAGGUCGAGAUACCCUGUCGUGUUCCGAGUGCCAGUGCCAGUGUAUUUGGAGUUUCAGCUGAGUCGAUGCAGUGUUGUUUUGAUUCAAAAGGUAAUAGCGUGCCCAUUAUUCUAUUACUUAUGCAGGAAAGGUUGUAUUCUCAAGGCGGGCUAAAGGCAGAGGGGAUAUUUCGUAUAAAUCCGGAAAACAGCAAAGAGGAAGAGUUGAGAGAGCAACUGAACAAGGGCAUUGUACCAGAAGAUAUUGAAGUCCACUGUUUAGCUGGUCUUAUAAAGGCCUGGUUCAGAGAACUUCCUGAAGGUGUACUCGAUGGCCUUUCUCCUGAACAAGUUCUUCAAUGCAACACAGAGGAGCGAUGCGUAGAGCUCGUGCAGCUCCUCCACCCAACUCAGGCUGCUCUCCUCAAUUGGGCUGUUGAACUCAUGGCUGAUGUUGUUGAAGAGGAGGGAUUGAAUAAAAUGAAUGCAAGAAAUAUAGCCAUGGUCUUUGCUCCAAACAUGACUCAGAUGUCUGAUCCCUUGACAGCUUUGAUGCAUGCUGUGCAAGUAAUGAACCUUCUCAAGACCCUGAUCUUGAAAAAACUUAGAGAAAGAGAGGAUGCAGCCAUGGGAGCAAUUUCUCCAAGCUUCUCUUCUCAAUCAUCAGACGGUUACCAUGAUGAAGAGGUGCAUAGUCAUGCAAGGGAAAUCACUUCAGAUGAUGAGUAUAAUAGUGGCAGCUGUAGUCCUGAUGAUGACGAUGAUGAUGACGAUGAUGAUGAUGAUGAUGAUGAUAAUGAUGAUGAUGAUGAAAAGGAGAUUGAAGCAGAAGGAAGUGAAAAUUAUACUGGAGAUUCUACGAGCAAUCUAACACAAUUAAGCUUUCAAAACUUCAAUCCGGAGGUGAGCUCUUGCAGAGAAAUUGUUUUGUUUGACAUGGAGAGGAUCACACCACACAAACAAAUUGGAGAUGGUGAUUUGGAAGUCUGA